UGUUCCGAAUGUAUAAAAACAAAUAUGGCGGGUAAUGUGGAACGGCCUCUCAACCCCCUCCGUAAAAAUCGUCGUACUUCUAGUCUUUCUGAGUCUGAGUAUGAAAUUGUCAAUGACACGGGGAAUAUGGGAUACGAGUUUCCGAUCUCGGAACACAUGUCUCGCCGAGAGAACCGGAAACUUUGGGAGCUGAACUACCAGGAGGCGGCCAUAUUUCUCCAGGAGGGAGAAAAUAACGACAAGUUCUACACGCACCCCCGCAGUUGUAACGCCCUGCCUGCCUAUCAGAUCGCUCACCAUCAGUGGUUUAAAGUCCUUGACCUUGUCGCAGCCCUCGGUCUCCUCAUUCUGGCCGCGUGUGAACGUCCAGCUGUGCCAUUUCUAACUUUACCAGUUGGGGUCCACGGUUCUCUGGAGAUUUUGGGACAACUAAUCCUGGCUCUACAAUUAGCCAUUAAGUUAAGGUGGCUGGGCUGGAAGACCUUCUUCAAACACAAGAGAACAGCAAUCAAGUCGUUUACUCUAACGAUCAUGUUUAUCGAGUCUGUUGUUGUUCUGAUCCGUCAGACGAAUCACUUCCGAGUCACCAGGGCACUCCGACCUCUCUUCCUCAUUGAUACGCACUACUUCCGAGGAGUCAGAAGGAUCAGCCGUCAGAUCUUGAUGUCACUUCCUCCAAUCCUAGAACUUAUAUUCCUCCUCAUGUUCUUCAUCCUGAUCUUCUCCAUACUGGGGUUUUACCUGUUUUCACGUGUACCCAAUGACAUGUACUUCAGCACGAUCCAGGACAGCUUCAUCAGUCUGUUUGUGUUGUUAACAACAGCUAAUUUUCCCGACGUGAUGAUGCCUGCCUAUGCAGAUUCCCGCUGGAAUGCUGCCUUCUUCAUUGUGUAUCUGGCCUUAGUUUUAUAUUUCCUGAUGAAUUUGUUACUGGCUGUUGUUUAUGAUACAUUUUCAAAUUUGGAAAAGAGAAAGUUAAAGAGGCUGUACUUUCACAAAAGAACGGGAUGUCAGCAUGCUUUUAAACUCCUUGUUACGAAACAGGUAUGUGUUCAGUAACUGUCAGUUAACCCU